GAGUAGGGAGCACCGUUUAAGUACCUCAUCUGCACUGUCUGGAUCUACGAACACUGCCUUCGAUGAUGUGGGAAUUGAAGACCCUGAUUUUGAAUCUAUUCAGUCUCUAGCUGAGGCUGGUGUUGUUAGAAGCAAACUGUAUGAUAGAAAUUCCAUUUCCAACUCGAACCUGGGUGAAGAAGGUUUUCUGUUUUUACCCGAUAG